CCCUCGGUGCAGGGGAGGCAACUUGGAGUUUGGAUUGCCACUGCUGGGGGAAAAAAGAUGUCUUUUUGACCAGGAGGUUCAAGCUUUCCCUGCUGAAUCAUAACACCUUGGCACGGAGCUAUGACAAGGGAGGGGAAAAAAGCUCAAAGAGCAAGUCUGCCUUGAGUCAGGAGGCUCGCUGGCAGGCUAGCCGGCCGGAAGAUCUGAGGAGAGUGGCAGCAGCCAAGGAGGAGCAGUGAAAUCAGGCAAGGCAGCCAACAGGCCGGCGGCUUAGCAGGGGAGGAAGCAGGACCCCUCCUCUCCUCUUCUCCUGCAAUGGGGUGGCUGGAAGACCCAAGCUGGCAGCUUCACGUUCAGUUUUCUUUGCUCGUUCUGCUGUCCAUGCACACAAGGGCCAAUUUCCUUGACAAUAUGCUUUUGCGAAGUUCGGGAAAGUUGAAUGUGGACAGCAAGAAGGAAGACGGUGUCAUCACAGCCCCCACCCCUCGGCCAAAGGUCUUGCAAUGCAAAUGCCACCAUCACUGUCCUGAAGACUCGGUCAACAAUAUUUGCAGCACAGAUGGCUACUGUUUCACUAUGAUAGAAGAAGAUGAUUCUGGGAUGCCUGUGGUCACUUCUGGAUGUCUGGGAUUGGAGGGCUCUGACUUUCAGUGCCGGGACACUCCUAUUCCUCACCAAAGGAGGUCAAUUGAAUGUUGCACAGAACGGAAUGAAUGCAAUAAAGACCUUCACCCUACACUGCCUCCAUUGAAAAAUCGAGAAUUUGUUGAUGGAUCCAUACACCAUAAGGCCUUACUGAUAUCUGUGACAGUCUGUAGCUUCCUUUUGAUCCUUAUAAUUCUAUUCUGUUAUUUCAGGUAUAAAAGACAAGAAGCUAGACCUCGCUACAGCAUUGGACUGGAACAGGAUGAGACUUACAUCCCUCCAGGGGAAUCCUUGAAAGAUUUAAUUGAACAAUCUCAGAGUUCAGGAAGUGGAUCGGGGCUCCCUCUGCUGGUCCAAAGGACUAUAGCUAAGCAGAUUCAGAUGGUGAAACAGAUUGGAAAAGGUCGCUAUGGGGAAGUUUGGAUGGGAAAGUGGCGUGGUGAAAAGGUAGCUGUGAAAGUGUUCUUCACCACUGAGGAAGCCAGCUGGUUCAGAGAGACGGAAAUAUAUCAGACGGUCUUGAUGAGGCAUGAAAAUAUUUUGGGAUUUAUUGCGGCAGACAUCAAAGGCACAGGAUCCUGGACCCAACUCUACCUAAUCACAGACUACCAUGAAAAUGGGUCCUUGUAUGAUUAUCUGAAGUCCACUACCCUAGAUACCAAAGCAAUGUUAAAAUUGGCCUAUUCUUCAGUCAGUGGCUUAUGCCACUUGCAUACAGAGAUCUUUAGCACUCAAGGAAAACCAGCAAUUGCACAUCGUGAUCUGAAAAGUAAGAACAUCCUGGUGAAGAAAAAUGGAGCAUGCUGUAUAGCUGAUCUCGGAUUGGCAGUUAAGUUUAUUAGUGACACCAACGAAGUAGACAUCCCACCCAACACUCGAGUUGGCACCAAACGUUACAUGCCACCCGAGGUGCUGGAUGAGAGUUUGAACCGGAACCACUUCCAGUCCUACAUCAUGGCAGACAUGUACAGUUUUGGCCUUAUUCUGUGGGAAAUCGCCCGGAGAUGUGUAUCUGGAGGAAUAGUAGAAGAAUACCAGCUUCCCUACCAUGACCUGGUACCCAGUGACCCCUCCUAUGAAGAUAUGAGGGAGAUUGUGUGCAUCAAAAAGCUCCGUCCAUCUUUUCCCAACAGGUGGAGUAGUGAUGAGUGUCUACGGCAGAUGGGGAAACUCAUGACUGAAUGCUGGGCCCACAAUCCUGCAUCUCGUCUCACAGCCCUUCGGGUUAAGAAAACACUUGCCAAAAUGUCAGAGUCACAGGACAUUAAGCUCUGAUUGAAAGGAGAAAGUAACAUCUGGAGAUAGCCAACACAUUUUUUUUUUUUUGCUCGUGUUGGCAAAGCAGAAGAUGUUAAAAGGGUUUCCAUAGUACAAAUCUUGAAUGACAUCCUGCUCCUGAGCAGGGUCAGGACACUUGCUCUCAGGGAAGACCCUGGACAAAGAGUGACAUUGCCAACCACAGGUUCGAGGGGCCUGUUUGCAGGAAGGGAAGACCACUCGAGUAACUGAUGCAAAAAUGAUACAUGCUGCUUUCUGUGAAAGCCUUGUAUUGGGGGAUUUUUAAAGAAAAAAAUUUUAAUUUUUUUUUUCAAAAUAAAAAUAUAUAUUGUUAUGGUCAGAACAGAACACAGAGGACAGCUACCCAAAAAACAGUGCCUGCAGGGAAAACCAGAAUAUCUCUCUUUUCCAUUUGUGAGAAUAUGGCAUUCCAAGCAAACCUAAAGAUGCCCAUGAUGUUUUAGAAGUUGUUCCACAUCUUUAAAGCCACCUGUCUCCUGUCUCCAAAGACCACUUUCCCAGCCCCCAGAUGUGGCGAUUGCACUUGCAGAGGUCAGCCUCCCCGCUAGCAUAACUAGCCACCGACUGGUGGCUCACCACCUUGUCACAUAGCUGCAGGUGUCCUUUGGCAGUUUCACAGAUAUGUGAAAGCACAGCACCAAUGCAGUUUGUAGGACUUGAGUCAGAGUAAGUGGGUGGCACUGGGAUUGUUUAGAAACUCUCAGGUUUCUGAUUGUAUUAGACAGUUACUAACAAAAACACUCCCCUUUCAUUAAACCCAAACAGAGAUUUUUCUUUUCUUCUUUAAAAAUUUUUAAUUGUAUAAGUGACUGAAGACUUCAUCACAAAUAUAGCUCUCUCUGCAGGAAACAUCAAUAGUAAGUGAAACUAUCAUUAGUUGGGAUGAAGGGAAAACCUGUUGGGAGGGAGAUUCUGCUUUUUGUUGUUGAGUAAGCAAAGUAAGUAUGCUGGUUUUUUUAUAUGUUUAAAAGAGCCAAACUUAGAAGCACACAGAGGGAGGUGGCUGGGGAAGAAUUGGUGGGGUUUUAUCGAUGGAAUUCUAACUUCAAAUAUAGAGAGACAGCCUUCCAAAGAGACAGAAGAGAACUUAGGAAAGCCCCCAGAUAUGAUGGCUGCUGGGAUUUGUUCCUUUGGUACAUGUAUAGUAUUUCUGUAUCCCAGGGGAUAGUAUAUUUUUGACUUUACAUUCAAAAUAGCGACCUGAUUUAUUUUAUUUUAGUUGUUUAAUCUGUCUAGGUGUGGUUCACUUUUUAAUUUAUUUCUUCUGAAGGCAUUUAUCAGUUUACAAAUCGCCUCCUCAACUUUGAAGUUUUUAGCCAUUGAUUUCCAUGGAUAAUGUCAUUAGCAGAGCCAACACUCCUCAGAAAAUCCAGUAGAACUUUUGAAGAUUAAGUUUUAGUCAUACUCCUAACUCAUAAGAUUAACUUUUCAUUCUCUAUGUCCACAAUUUUCUUAGAACGAGGAUAGUUGGGAGAAAUGGUAAAUUCCUGGGGUUUUAGCCAUCUUUUAAGACAGUCAUCCCAAGAAGCUCUAGGGGGCAGUGUGAUGUCAUAAAUUUUUGGCAUGGAGGUAUUCGCCAGGGAAUUCACAGAGACAAAAGAUUUCUGAAAACUUGACGACUGCUUGAAAAAUCAAAGAAAAAAAAUUUUUUUUCUGCAGCUGGUGAUUUGUUUCUUCUACAAAAUAAAUCCUCCAAAAGUAGCUGUGAAGUCUGCUUACCAUGCUGGUGGCAUUGCACCAUGUUCAAUAUUUUGUAAUUCAUUGUUCUGUGCUUUCCAUCCAGAUUUUAUCACAGCUGGAAAGAAACACUUCUUUUUGCUGCUGAUGUUUUCUUCCUUUUUUUUUUUUAAAGGAGGUUGUGGGUAGUUUGGUUUUGAAUAAAAUAUAAGCUCUAAAUGCUGCUUUAGUCAUAAUAACUAAAAUACACUCAGUAGAAAUGAAAAUGCCAGAUGUUAGCAUAAGAUAAAAUUCAUUUUCCCUUUUUUUUGUGUGUGAAAGUAUUCUAUUCAUUACAUCCAAACAGAUUCACUUACAUUGAGGUUAAUAUAUGGCUAAUUUUUAGAGAACCUUUAUAUUUGAAGGGCAAGUUGUUCAGAGACAAAUGGGUUGAUUGUGGCAGUCAAACAGUGAAGUAUUUGUGAAGGGGAUUUCUGGCCGCAGCACAUUAAUUACUCAGGUCUUUCCCAAGUUAAACCUCUGCUAUUUCUCUGAAGAAUUGUCCUCUAUGUCCUUUUUGAUCAACUCUCAAGUCACCUUAGAAUCAAAGCCAGAAUAAUUUCUCUCAAAUUCACUCUCAGAUCAUGUGGAUCCUCUGAAAUUAUGAGUCUUUUGAAGUACUGAAGAAACUGAAAAGUGGGCGGGCUUGGAUGUAUAUUCCAGAGUUGCUGAUAAAAAUAGCAAUAGGCAAUAACUAACUACUGCCCUCACAUUGUUUGUAUUAUGUACUCUGUUGAAUUGAGACAAAUUAUACUUACCUUUUUAAUCACCAACCUCAAUCACUGUAAAAAGUAUUAAGAUAUCAAUUAGGUGCUAAAGAAAACACCAAUUAGAGCUUGUCUUGGGCAAAAGUUUAUAAUAACAAUUUAUGAAAAAUUCUCCCUUUGUUACAAAAAUUAUACUUACAGGAAUUUUAAAAAAUCAAACUACGUACAAAUUACUAUAGGAUAGAAUAAUUUUAUUUUUAUGGAAGAUCUAGUAGCAGAGGAACAGGGAGUAACCUGGAAAAUGUUUCUAUCAGUUGAUUGUUUACCGUCAGAACUAUUCUUAAUUUCAAGCUAAUUUAAACUUUCUCCCCUCCCCUCACAAGAAGGGAUUCUAGAAUAUCAGUUGGUAGAUAAUGUAAUGUGUGUAUGUUAACAUGUUCAGGUUUAUGUGUGUAUAUAUGUAUAUGUGUACAUAUAU